AUGGAAUGGGGGAUCGAUCUGGAGAGGUGGGAUGAAACUGGAUCAUGUCCACCGACGAAGUAUUUUCAAGUUGAUCAAAGAGCAACGGGCGAGCGCAAUGACCAAAUUCAAUACGAAAAUAUAUUAAAUCUUAAUCGGAACUUUGACCAACAAAGAUCAACUGUUAUCCUUCAAAAAUCCUAUCAUGUUAUGAUCACGUUACAUUCAUGGAUUCAGAUAUCCCCCGGAAGGGGUUCCUCCAUGGGCAAUGUUCGCCAGCAUCCGAAUGAUGACAACGAUAUCGAUAUAUCUGGCCACCAAAUGGCGAUCUCCAAAGUAAAUGCAUUAUUCAGGAAUGAUGAUUUGAUCAACUAG